AUGUUUUUUCUCACAAUUCUGCUGUUUUCCUACCUUCAAACGUCUCAGCAGAUUCAGGAAACUACUGCAAGUGGCAAAGAGAUGCUGUCCAAUCCCAUGCUCAUACCUGUUCAGGGGACUUUGAAUGUAGUGAUGAACCAGAAUGUGACCCUCUCCUGCCACUCAGACUCUGGAGCUCCACCUGUCAGAUACACAUUGUUUAAAUGCAAUCGGAAGGUAUCUACUUUAAAUAUGCCAGACUUGACCCCCGGUUUAUUUAACUUGACUAUUAACUCUGCCAGUGACGUGGGUGAAUACAAAUGCAAAGCCGAGAAUAACAUCUCCAGUGGCGGAAAAUACAGCAACAGUCUCAACUUCACCCUUAUAGAGCCAAUUUCCAAACCGGUGCUGAGCUCACCCAUCUCUCAAGCAAAGAAAGGCCAGAAUGUGACCCUGUUUUGUCUCUCAGAGAACGGCUCUCUUCCUAUCUCAUACAUAUUCUUCAAAGGAAGAAAAAGCAUCUCUCCCCCAGUGAAGAUGCAAAAGAGGGAAGCGGCUGUGAUUUUUCUAUUUAUCAAUUCCCCUAGUGACUUUGGAACCUAUAAAUGCAGAGCUGAGAAUAGCUUUUGCAAUAAUACAAAAUACAGCAACAGUUUCAACUUUACAUUAGAAGAAGAAAGAAGCCAUUCUGAGCCCUUGAUAAUUUCUCUUGGACUGAUCCUGCUACUAUUCGUAAUAGGCUUUGCUCUGGCAAUUCCAUUUUUCAUCAUUCCUUCAUAUAAAGCAAAAAAAUUCAAGUCUACUAGGUCCUCAACUGGCCUUGCUUCAACAAUGAAUGCAGAGGAGUCUGAGAACUAUGUCAUAUACACAGAGAUUGAGCCUGUUAAACCGGAAGAAGAAUACGUCAACUUUUCUGUUAUUAAAGAAGAUGAAAAAGGUGACCUGGAAGACCUAGAUGGUCUAGAUUUGACAGAAAACAGAUGCACCACCAAGUUUUAG